AUGUACCUGAAUCUAAUCUUAUGCCUGGCUGUAUCCACAGGCCUAUGGGCCUUGAAGAGGCUGCUUAGUUUGAGAUCAUGCAGGCCUCCCCUACCACCCGGGCCCCCACGGAUCCCAAUACUCGGAAACAUAGAUCAACUGCCUUCGGGGAACGGACCAGAGUGGCUGUUCUGGAGAGAGCAUCUAGAUCGAUAUGGACCAGUAAGCUCGCUUGAAGUCCUCGGCCAGACUCUGAUCAUCUUCAACAAUGCCGAAGCAGCAAUCGAGAUCAUGGAGAGGAAAUCAUCGGUUACUCGCUUCAUCCCGGAUUCGACAUUUGCGAAAAUGCGAGUUGUUACAAUCCUAGCCUUGAUCAGCCUUGAUUAG